AUGAUAAACGAACUCUCAGAAGCGUCCAAGAUAGCCUUCAUGGAUAGAAAAGAAACAGAUUUGGAAAGAAAGGUUAGGAAACUGGAGCAAGAUAUGAUGCAAUUGGACAGUAUCCUGAAUAGAGAAAAACUAGAGAGGAAGAAAUCAACAGAAUAUCAAAAAGUGGCGGUUGGCAGCCAUGUCUCCAUGGCCCAGGGGGACGGGCCUGACCCUUGGCAGAUCAUGCAGGUUCAAAUGCAUCGCAACUCCUCUUCUUCACAAGUCCAACCUGGUUUUUUCUUCACCUGGGACUGCACUCCUUACGAUUUCCACAACAAUAAUGCCCAGAGGAGUAUCUAUACUCUACUAGACCAAUGGCAACCUGGCGGGAGUACCAUAUCCGCUGACCAGUUCAAGAAGCAGCUGAGUGCUCUCCUAGCUGCCAAUAAGGAGUCUAUUUCUAUUACUGACCUAGCAAUAAAGCAUCGACUGGAUUUCGGCGAUAUUACUAGUUAUAAGAAACCUGUCCCUUAUACAAGCAAACUCGAAUCUAAAAUCAGUAUGCCGGAUCUUGGUACCAAGAACACUGACUUCUACACUGAGAAAAACGAACUGAUUGCCAAUAACACCGAAUUGGAGACUAGGGAGCUCCUUGCCAAUCUUGAGAAAAAGCUCAAAAAUGUGGAAUCCAAGUGCCGUGAGGAUUGCGCCAGUAUGUUAUAUCCGAAUACUGCAAAUAAAACUAAAACUGAAGACGAAGUUGCUGAAACUGAUGAAACAGAACAAGACAAUAUUAUCAUUGAUGAUCUUAUUUUCGAAAUGUUUAAGGAUUCAUCAGAAGAAUUUGGAAGGAAGCCGAUAGAACUUGCAAAAGAAGUUGAAGAUCUUCAAGGUUUAAUAAAGAGUUACAAUCAGGUUGGGGAUUCGGUGUUUCAAAAGUUCGAUUCAAACAAAUAA